UGACCCCGGGAGCGGCGCCGGAGCGGCCCCGCGCGCAGCCCGGUCGCCCGCCCGCCCGCGCCGCACACUUGUCCCCCAUGGCCCCGUGGUCCCGGGAGGCGGUGCUGACUCUGUACCGGGCUCUGCUGCGCCGCGGCCGCGGCCUGCGCUACACCGACCGGGACUUCUACCUCGCCUCCAUCCGCCGCGAGUUCCGCCGGAACCAGGGGCUGCAGCGGCUGGAGGACAAGGAAAGGCAGCUGGAGAAGGGGCAGGCUUUCCUGCAGAGCAGGCUCGGGGGCCUGGUUUAGAGAU